GAAGAAAAACAAAAACAUGGACGUCACGUUUUUCCCAUGUCCAUGCGAUAAACACGUCGCAUAUUCUUUUUCAAAUGAAGCUUACAUCACGUAUUAAUACCUGCUGUGCUCAGUGGCAGUUAUAAACGUCGAAUCAGGGUUUAGGCUUUUAGAAAAUACACACACAAAAAUGCGACGUCUGGGGUCCGUGCAGCAGAAGAUACCGUGUGUGUUUGUGACCGACGUGAGGGAGGAACAGUCCAGAAAACGAGAUUGUCAGCAAUUUCAGGUUGUUGCCACCGAUCAUGUGAACCCUGUGGCUCUGGAGGCUAACAUAGACUGUGCCCUUGCCACAGAAAAACUGGAUGGCACCUGCUGUUACGUAACACUUUAUAAAGGCCAGCCUUACCUCUGGGCUCGACUUGACAGGAAACCCAACAAGCAGGCAGAGAAGAGGUUUAAGAAGCACCAGCACUCUCUCAGGAGCUGUAAAGGAUUUGUGUGGAAUGUAGAGGAAGAUUUUAAAUCGGUGCCAGAGAUGUGGAUCCCAGCUCACAGAGUCAAAUAUCACAACGGCCAUCCACUGCCGGACGAACAUGGACAUAUCCCAGGCUGGGUUCCAGUGGAGAAGGACAACAAGCAGUACUGCUGGCACUCCUCUGUGGUGGAUUACGAAGUCGGUGCCGCUCUUGUUCUGAGGCCUGGCUCCGAGGAUGAAGACAUGUUAGAAAUCACAGCAGUCCCACUGGCAGAGCUCCAGGAACAAACACUGGAGCUCAUCGGAACCAACGUCAAUGGAAACCCUUAUGGACUGGGCAGUAAGAAGCGGCCUGUCCACUGCCUGGUGUCACAUGGAAGUGUGCGGAUCAGAAACCCACCACUCGUGGACUUCCUGCAGCUGUGCUCCUGGUUCCAGGAGAGUCCAGAGGGUCGAGUCGAGGGCAUCGUCUGGCACUGCAACGACGGGACUCUCGUCAAGGUUCAUCGUCAUCACCUGGGACUGAGGUGGCCGGAUGGAGACACCUGCCUCGGUAAGAGGCCGGUGGUCAUACAAGUUGAUGGGACAGCGGAUGCUUACAACAACAGCACGGACUUGUUCACGUCCUUUUUCACACUUAAGGGACACGUCUUCAGGCGGCUUCAGGACAUUCAGUUUGAGCCGUGACCUUGGCCAAAGCAGAUGACGUUCCUGUUCCUGAAGCUCCAGCUGUAGCCCCGUACGGAUCCGUCACUGUUCCACCUGUUUCCACCAGUAAUUCCAGUUUAUCGCUCUUAAUUUAUUCCAUGAAAUCCAGUGAAGUACGGCUGCAACUAUUUGAAGCGUAACUAGCUGAAAGUCUUAACCAGUGGGCUUUACGAACAACGCUUUUAGACAACAAGAAUCUUCACAGUUCCUUGAACUGCUGGAGAAAGUUCCUGCUUUUAGUUUGUUGUGUCUGCACUUAGGAUCCGAAAACUGGUCGGUUUUCAGCGUUUUCCCUUCUAUUUUUAGGGGGCACCCUGCUGCCCUUACGUUAUUUAUCUUAUUUACACGACAUGUCAUUUCUGUCUGCAUGAUCACAUGCUUACAUUUCUCCUCUGCCUUGUGUCAUGCACGGUGGAGUUCACCGACAAAGCUGUAGACUUAGGGGAAACACUGGUUUUAGGAUGUGUCGAAGCUCCUACAGUGAGGAGGAGUUUUUCCCCGACGAGAGAAACCUUGAGUGAUGUGAAUGAUUACUGGUAAAACAAUAGCCAUGUAUAUAACCGUUAGCUUUUAAGCAACACAAAACGAUCAGAAACAUUAAUGACUUUAAGCCUACUACUACUUUAGCAUUCCUAUUGACAAGAUGAGUACAGAGCAGGAACUUCCCAGUUGGUAGUUCCCCUCAAUUCAGAGAACCUCCAGAACGGUUUGGUCUGAAAAUGUCUAAUGAGUGAGCAGUCACUGUAGUGAAGGGCUUGAACCCUGUAGCACUGAGUGUUUUAAAGACUGAAGACUCUUGUUCUGCAGAGAUGUGUACAGCUUUAAUGUAAAACUGACUGACCAACAUGACAUUAUUGUCAACUUAAAUCAUUAAACGUGAUCUAUUUAUUCACUGUA